UCUGGACAGGCGCUGGUCAGGGUUGUGCUCCUGGAUUCACCACCAUUCCCAUCCCGAUGACGGGACAUACUAAGCCGAAGAACAAGGGAAAAGGCAGAGGGAAUGGCAAGAAGAAGACCCCUAACCGUGGCUCAUCCAGCCAGUCAAAAGAUGUAGACCCAACCCAAUGUUCGACCUUGGAGGAGGACGAAAUGACGCGUUGCGACCAGCCAGCGACAAAAGGCUUCGAACGCUGUGAGGUUCACCAAGCUCAGUACCGUACGAUGUGCAAGAAGUACAAGGAUGCUUCCGAGGUUGUCGACGACAUCAAAUCUGGGAGGAAGCUCCCGACGAAGGAGCAAAUUCAACGUUACACGGAUUCCCAUGCGACACUUGACAAGGCCCGUUGGGUGCGCAAGUAUCUCGAGAGUAUUCGCGUGGAGAGGACUGGGAGGAGUAUCCACCAAAGGCGCUUCUUCUUGAAAGUCGAUGAUGGACACAAGACUCGUUUGAAGAACCUCGCCAAGGACAUGGUGAAAGCUGUUGAUACUCUCAACGAUCUUCAAGCCCGGGCGUUAGAUCUCCACGUUGCUAACAAUCCUAGUUGCGACUGGGUGAAACCAAUGCAAUCGCAAGGAGACUUUGAUGACACAGUCGAAGUAAUUUCCACAGAGGCUAUCGUCGAAGAAGCUCAACGAACACUUUCCAACGAUCCAAAGAACUCUGCGCGGACGGUUCCCGCUACGAAAUAUACGAGAUCUUCUGCGCCAGCGGACGAGGACCUAAUUGAUCUGGAGCACCGAGCCAAGAAAGCUUGGGUACUGCAUGUCUUCGAAAAGUUGACAGAACCUGAUUUUAUCUUGGACGACUCCGAUUCGACUUGUAAGCCCGACCCAUCUGUUGUAUGUGAUAUCCUUCGACAGUACGCACGACGGAUCAUCUUUCACGAGCCGGACCUCUUCUUCAAGUCCCUCGACAAGGUAUCCUUCAAGGAUCUCAUCCUUGACGAUGACUUCUCUAUUGAGGACGCGCUUAAAUUCCUAUUCUUAUUCGAACAUUUUCGAUUAGGUUUUGGAUUGAUGUGGUUCAAAGAUGCAGUACUUGAUGCCCUUGUGAUGUCGAAGAAGGGAGGCAACAACGCUAAUCUCGGCAGUCUGAGUAGCCGGCAUAAAAUGCUCGGGGGGUGGAUCUACAACUGUGCCCACACAUGCACGAUCCCUAAUGAAGCUUGGUGGUAUCUUUUGUAUAUAUUGCAGCCACCCGCCGACGUGGAGAACCGUUUUGUCCGUUUAUGCAACAACUUCGACGACAUGGUCAACUUCCUGUCUUUUGGGGCAAUUGGCAUGUUGCCACCUUCGACGUUUUGCAGCAAACAGUACCAUGGGGUUGAUGCUAUCGUGUCCCGGAAACAUCUUUCUCUCUCUGGUGUCGUUAUCACUGACAUGGUGUCAGGCCCGAUGCCCCCGCACAUGACUGGCCCUAUUCAAACCACACGUCGAGCCAGGAUGGCGGGAUGUAUCGUCUGGUGUGAGGUAGAGGCGAGGGGAUAUAUGUUUGGCGCCCUCAGAAAUGAGCCUGACCCAUUCAACGAGGCUUUCCUACGAGAGCUUCGCGCGCGACCCGACCUCUUCCAGGUAGUAACACGAUCUGAAACAGAUCCCGGGCGCGACGUCGAAACCUUUCCCACAGACAUCUUGCCGGUCAUGCGAACGCGGCACUUUGAAGCUCCCCCAGCGCUCUCUACAAACCGCCCAACCGGCUCUGGCGAGUGGGUGGUUUCAAGAUCUGCAGUUGAUGUAUUGUAUGGAACUCAUUGUGAGAUACCUGGCCGGCCAAAUUACCCGUUCUCCGGAUAUCUUCAGAUACUGAACGGCGGAAAAAAUAAAGGCUGGUUCUUCCGCUACAAGAAGUUCCCAGUGAAGUACCUCGUGAUCCUGGAUACGGUUCCAAAUCGGCAUCAUUCGAUCUUGGCUAGGAAUGUUGCAUGGGCAGCGCUUCGUGCACGGGGGUAUGGCGAAGGGGAAUAUGGGGUGUUGAAGUAUGCGAAAGCUUCUGACGAGCUUUUUCAGAAGCGGGCAGAAGAAAUUCUCGCAUGGACGCCAGAGAACUGGCGUUGGCAGGCUACGAAGAUUGACAUAGAUGAUGUCAAUGAUAUCGAUGAAGGUGGAAGUGCAGGUAGGCCAGAGGUGAUCCAAGAAUGUGAAGGGGAGGGAGUGGAUGCAUACCGCCAUGGUAUUGUAUUGAAAUGCACCGACGGAAUGUCAUGCAGGGUAUUUCCAAUUAUAAUUACAUACCCAGCCGAUUGUCCUGAAAAGGUUUCAAUAAUUACCGCCAUAAAAAAAGACACGGGAGGUGGUCAAGGUCAAGAAACGGGAGGGGGCGAUGAAAGUGAAGGUGUAUGUGCGGGAUGGGAUGAUGAAGGUGAAGGAACGGCAGAGGAUGAUGAAGGUGAAAUUGAAAUUGAAAUUGAAAGUGAAGGAACAGACGGUGACGAUCAAGGCAAAGAUGAAGGAACGGGAGGGGAUGGGAAUGGAACGAAAGGAGAAGGAGAAGGAGAAGGAAAAGAACCAGAAAGAACGGAAGGAAAGCAAAGCGAAAGGGGAUGGGGAUGCAUUGUGAGCUGAGUCUGAUCACCUGAUAUGUUCUGCUAUCGUGUCACUGUGUUACCUGUACAAUAGUGUUUUGAUGUGUUCUACCGACUUAACUUAUGUAUGCACUUGCGCUCUUUUGCAAACAACACAGGCC